GUUUACAUGAGCGCGCAAACAAUUUCAAUACUUAAUAUAUAUAUCUUAAUUCCCACAACAACAAAGAUAUUGGUACAAUUAAGGUCAUGGGAAGUAUUGAAAAGGCUUGCAUUUCCGGAUUUCUUUGCCGCCUUUGCUCAGAAAUGCAUAGAACAGUUAUACACAUAUAUGGAGACCAUGGACAACGAUUAUGUCUUGUCGAAAAAAUCAAUGGCUACUUGCCAAUUACUAUAUCUCCUACUGAUCCAUUGCCAAAAACCAUUUGUAAAACUUGUUUAUAUCGGGUGGAACAGCAUUACACCCUGUUAAUGAGACUCACACGUAUGCGGGAAGAACGCAAACUCAAAUUACUAGGCUACAAAUCACAAAGGGAAGCAGAAAACUUCUCAAUAUCUAGCGUCGAAUGUUCCGAUGACGACGAAGCAACAUCCACAGGAACAAAUAAUACACCUGGCGCAGCUGCAAACCCCAGCCCUGAUAAGUCUACAACUUCGAUUCGGAGUAACAGAGACAGUACUAAUUUAGAAAACGCAGGGACAAGCAGUACUCAAUCCAAUGUGACUACUGCUCCGAUUACUUCAGAACAUGACCCACAAGAACUUUAUCCAACGACUUAGAAGACUACUUUUUAUUUAUCUUUGUUUAACCUAACCAAGCACCAUUUUCAUAUGUACGUAUUAUUGAUAAAUUAAUAUAUAUAUAUAUA